AUCCUGGGCUGCAUCAAAAGAGGUGUGGCCAUCAGGUUGAAGGGGGGGAUUGUCCCCUUCUUCUCUCCCCUCAUGAGACCCUACCUGGAGCACUGUGUACAGGUCUGGGGUCCUCAGCACAAGAAGUCAUGGACCUCUUAAAGAGGGUCCAGAGGAGGUCUCCAGAAAUGUGGCGUCAAAGCUUUGGACUUCUAGGAAAAUCCUACACCCAUGACACAAUGGGAUCCUUUUUGCUGGGGAAGUGGCUCUACACAUCCCUGUACUCAGUGCCUCUGUGUAGUGCUGUGGUAGAUGUUGCUAUCCAGGAUUAUGUGGCUGAUGUGGCCUCAGAACUCACGUACCAGAACAAGAGUGCCAUCUCCACAGAAGUCCUCUUUGCCUUCCCCUUGGGCCCACAGAUGUCCAUAUACUCCUUCCAGGCCUGCAGUGAGGAUGCCAAGGUCCAGGCCAUGCUGCAGGAUGAGGUACGAGCAUCCAGGCACGAACAGGCAAACCCCCACAGGGGUGUGGGAGGAGCAGCCCAUGGUCUGCCUGGUGAUCAGCUCUCUGUGCUUCCCCUUCCCACCCAGGCCCAGCAGCUUCAUGAGGCUACAGGGAGCUGGGAGGAUCUGGAAUACCUUCAGGAUCACUCUAGGUACCCAGGCGAGGUGUUUGCCUGCUUCCUGGGCACACUGUCCCCCGGCAGGGAGCUGGUGGUGACGCUCCGCUAUGUCCAGGAGCUGUCACGGGAGCCGGAUGGAGCAGCACGGUUUGUGCUGCCACACACCCUGCACCCCUACACAGAACUCCACGCCUGGAACUGUCUCAGUAGCCAGCUGCCCUACAGCCUGCUGCUCACGGCUAGCCUGCAGUCCCCCCGUGGAGUGGCCGAUGUCCAGGCCAACUGCUCCCUCACCCCUUUGAUCUACACUGUCCAGGACCGCAGCACUGCCCAGGUUUGCUCUCCUGAGUGUAAGGAUCCCAGGGGAAGCUGGGGAUGUAUGUCAACACUGAGAAACAGGGGAUGGGAUGAGAAACUGGGAUCAGUGCCUGUGCUCUUGGUCCAAAGAUGGGUCUGGUCCCUCCUGUGUAUCACCAGGCAUCUGUUCUUCAGGUCUCACUGGAUGGCAGCCCCCCAGGACAGCAUGAUUUGGAGCUACUGGUGUAUUUUGGAGACCCCAGUGCAGUCAGUGCUGUGGUGGAGAAGGGAAACCCUGAGGCCCCUCCAGGACUCCCUGCUCUUCCUCCUCAAAAGCCUGCCUCUGGGUUGCUACUUCAACAUCUACUGCUAUGAAGCAGCAUCUGUGGGCAUCUACCCGCAAAGUGUUGAAUAUACUCAGGACAACGUGACCGAGGCCAUGCGGCGCAUCCCUUCCACCGGCUCCACUCCGGGUGACACCAACCUGCUCGGGACCCUCCGCACCAUCCACGGCACCCCUCGCCCCCCCGGGCAUGCACGCCAGCUCUUCAUCUUCAUGACUGGGCUACCCUCUGACAAGGAAGCCAUCGCAGCUGAGGUCUGUCGGCAUCGCAACAGCCACCGGUGUUUCUCCUUCUCCUUCUCUGAGGACAGCGCUGCCCUGGCUACAGCCCUGGCCAGGGAGACAGGGGGUGAAGCUACCUACGUCUCCUCCAACAACAGUAUGACAGCUGUGGUGUUGCAGUGCCUGAAGAGGGCCCUCAAGCCAGCAGCUGAAGUAGUCUCUCUGAGCUGGACCCUGCCACGUGGCCUGGAGGUUGAAGUGCUGGGGGGUACCCCUCAGUUUAUCUUUCAAGGUCAACACAGUCUUCUCUAUGCCCAGAUCCAUGGACAGGCACAGCUUCCCAUGUGUUUCCAGGAUAUGAUGGGGGCCAAGGGAGUCAUGACUUUGCAGUGCAGCCUGGAUGGCCAGGAUGUCACUCACAGGAUUGAAUUCCCACUCUGCUCACAGGGAGAUGGAAGGCUGGCUGGGCAUCGUCUGGCUGCAAGGUCCUUACUGCAGAGGUUGUUGCCCGAGGCUGCAAGUGGGUCAGAGGAUGAACCCAGGCAUCGUGCAGUGGAGAUCAGCCUUGCCUCAGGGAUCAUCUGCCCCUUUACCAGCUAUGUGGGCAUUCGUACAUCACAGAGGGUCCCCUGGUACCAAGGGCCUCUGGCACUGUUGGCACCCUGGCAGUCACACAUCUCCUGCCAGAUGGUUGAGCUUCGUGGCUCGUGUAAGGCCUCUUCGUGCUAUCCUGUGACCGUGUGGGUCCCACCUGGCUGGCUGACAGUGGUGCAGGAGUCGUGGCGUGCCCUCCGUCAACUCACCUGUGGCAUCGCUGCCCUGCCCAACCGGGGGGCUUGCUCAAAACCAUAUAAACCACUACCAGCAUCUGUUUCUUCUCUCAAGUAUGUGGAUCCUACAGCAUAUGUGUUGUGCUCUCCAAUUUUUGCACCAUGGUCCACUGAAGCCAUUGCUGAGUGCCAGAAGCUGGUAGUGCUGCAGAGUGAAGAUGGCUCCUGGGCCCUCAGCUCAGGACUGGCCUCUGUGCUGGAGGUUGAUGAAGCUGAAAUCAAGAGAAAGAUGCCUGGUGAGGUCAUGGAACCAAGCAUUUGGGCUACGGUGCUGGCUGUGACCUGGCUGCACAGACCUGACAAAUGUUACCAAGACUACUGUGAACUUCUGGAGGCCAAGGCCGUGACCUGGCUGUGCAGCCGAGCUGGGUCCCAGCUGGACAAGUGCCUGGAGGCAGCCAACAACCUCCUUGGGAGCAGCACACAGCCAAGUACCUUCAGGCUCUGAGUUCACACCUGCCUUGAUACAAACCAACAACACCUGCAGAGCUGAAAAGGGCCAGAAAGUAUAACCCAAAUUCACAUACUGUGCUGGGAUACCACUUUUGCUACCAGCUGGAGUCUUACAUUACAGAUUAUUUAUCUGCUUAUAUCUUAUACUGCUUGGGCUGGAUCUGUAUCAUGCUGAA